CACGGACCUACGUUGUUAUCUGUACCAAGAGAGAGACUUGAGAAACAAAGCUGAAGCAACACACAAGGAGGAAGGUAGAAGACGAUAACCGCAGCAGAAAAGAAUGUCUGGAAGUUAUCAUGAUCCACGUGGUUUCUCUCCCGAGAGACUGUUGGAAGAUCUUCAAAUACAGUCUGUUGAAAACCAAAGGCUUUUCAAUGAUAAUCACAGACUAGCUGAACACAGAGUGCUUCUAGAGCGAGAAUUCGGUGCAGCUAAGGAAGAGCUUCACCGAAUGAAUCUCGCUGUUUCUGAACUUCGGGCUGAAUAUGAUCUUCAGUCGAGGGAGUUCAGUGAGAGAAUGCAGGACGAUACUCGUGCUAUGGAGUCUUAUAGGGAAGAGAUACGCCGGAUGAACCUCAUCAUUUCUGAUCUUCGUGCUGAACAAGAUCUUCAAUCGAGGGAGUUCUGUGAGAAAAGGGAGGAGGAUGCUCGUGCUAUGGAGUCUUAUAAAGAAGAGGCUGUACAGUUGCGUGGUGAAGUUCAGAAACUAAAUGAUAUAAAACGUGAACUUAGUGAAGAUGUUGAGAUACUUAGGAAAGAUUUGGUGAAAUUGCAAUCGGAUAACAAGCAGAUUCCAGGUUUGAGAGCUGAGCUACUAGACCUGCGGAAAGAGCUUAUGCACGCUAGAGGUGCUAUUGACUAUGAGAAGAAGGAAAAGUUUGAGCUUUUGGAGCAGCGGCAGGCUAUGGAAAAUAACAUGGUUUCUAUGGCGCGUGAUGUUGAAAAGCUACGAGCAGAACUUGCUGCUGUUGAUAGUAGGCCGUGGGGCUAUGGUGGAUCAUAUUUCAAUAAUAUGGAUGGCAGUUUCCGUGGUUCUUAUGGAGAGCAAAAUGGUUUUCUGGUACCCACUCAUCUUUGUGGACUUGUACUAUUAUAUGCCUCUGUAUUAUGUUUCUUGUCUCUCAUGGAUAUUCGGAACAGAUGCCGUCCGAGAGAAGAAUGA